AUGCGCUGGAUGCUGUUUCCACGGUGGAUCUGGUUCCUGGCGUGCGCGUCCGCGCGGAUGGAGCUCGGCGGCGCAGCUCUGCCCAGUGUCACCUCCUCGCACGCGGGCAUCUGCCCCAAUGAGAUGAACCCCAAACUGUGGGUGGAUGCCAUGAGCACCUGCACGCGGGAAUGUGAAUCAGAUGAGGAGUGUGAGUCCUUUGAAAAGUGUUGCCAAAAUGUCUGUGGGAACCACAGUUGCGUUGCUGCCCGCUACGUGGAUGGGAAGAAGGGCCCUGUGGGAAUGCCCAGGGAAGCAUCGUGUGCCAACUUCAUGUGCACCCAGCAGGGCUCCGAGUGUAUCAUCUGGGACGGCCAGCCCGUGUGUAAAUGCCGGGACCGUUGCGAGAAGGAGCCGAACUUCACCUGCGCCUCAGAUGGCAUGACUUACUACAACAAGUGUUUCAUGGAUGCAGAGGCGUGUUCUAAGGGCAUCACCCUCUCAGUUGUCACAUGUCGAUUCCACCUCACCAACACGAGCCCUUCGCUUCCCCAGGUGACCACGCUUCGUCCUACGACCGCCCCCUUUCAGCCCACCGUCCCGCUACAGAUGGAACCUGAACAACCUGUGUUGGUCACCAGCCCCGUUCAUCAGACCGUAAACGUGGGCGAAAUAGCCAGCUUCCUGUGCGAUGUCACCGGUCAACCCCGGCCUCAGAUCACGUGGGAGAAGUGGCUGCCCUUGGGAGUCGUGAGGGUGAUAAUGAGGCCCAAUAAUGUGUUGGGGAACAUGGUGGUCACAAACAUCGGCCAGCUGGUCAUCUAUAACGCCCGGCUGCAAGAUUCUGGGGUCUAUACCUGCAUGGCUUGGAACCCAUCUGGUUCAGUCCAGGUCCACCACCAGCUCACUGUGCUCUCAGCAGAGGUGUUCAGCACUCUGGGGCCCAAGAACCUGACUCGCUGCCUCCCUGAAGAAUGCCAAAACCCCUUUGACAGCCAGGAGGACUGUGGAACGGAGCUGGAGAAAGUCAGCUGGUAUUACGAGCCCAAAUCCAACAACUGCUUUCCCUUCAGACACUGCCACAGCAGCAAUGACCAGCCGCCCAGAAAGGUGUUUGACACGUACGAGGGUUGCAUACGGUGCUGUGGACCGGAGCUGUCCAGGCCCUGCGGACUGCCCGCCCUGCAGGGCCGCUGUAAGGCCUAUGAGCCCCGGUGGGCGUACAGUACCACCAUGGGCGAGUGUCAGCCCUUCGUCUACGGAGGCUGUGAGGGAAAUGACAACAACUUUGAGUCAAAAGAGCUCUGCGAGGAGAUGUGCCCCUUCCCAAAAAACCACCGCUGCAAAGCUUGCAAGCUGAGAGGCAAGAUGGUGACUAGCUUCUGUAGGAGCGACUUUGUGGUCUUGGGCCGCAUGACGGACAUUAUGCAAGAGAAAGACUCAGGCCACGCCCUCUUGACUGUGGAGGAGAUCUUUAAGGACGAGAAGAUGGGUUUGCACUUCCUCGGCAAAGAACCUCUCGAAGUCACUUUCCUCAACAUGGACUGGAACUGCCCAUGCCCAAACAUAACGGGCGCGGCCGCGGAAGGUCAGGUCAUCAUCAUGGGCAACGUCAGCGAAGGAAUGGCCGUCCUCCAGCCCGAAAGCUACGUGGGCGCCUCCAGUCCCCGUCGGGUACGGAAACUGAAAGAGGUCAUCUCGAAGAACACCUGCGACAUCCUCAAAGCAAUCGCCAACAGCCCUCAGUAGGUUUCUCACUGCACAAACGUAGACUUGACAAAACUGAACAAACUGUUGUGAGCUCGACC